UUUUCGGCCUGUGAAAAAGUGAUUUAUAAUUUGGACUAGUUCCCGUCACUUAAUCUUCUUCUUUAAGAUAAGUCUGGACAAAGGAUUCUGCCUCUCUUAUCGAAAAGAGCUCAUGGCAGCACUUCACCACCUCUUCAUCUCAGAGCAUCUAAGUCAUCCUCUCUAUCUUCUACAAAGCCCUAAAACAACAGCACAAAAAACCCAGAAGAAGCCUUCAGUCUCAGUUUCUCCUUCCCCACGCUUCAGAACCAGAGCUUCUUCCUCAAAUAAACUUCCUCAUUCGAAGCGGAAAACCAACAAAUCCGGAAGAUCGGCAAGGCAUUUGAUCACUAUCUCGACUUCCUGCGGGAGAUGGCAAGGCCGAUGGAGCAGCGAGUAUCUUCUCUCUCUGAGAGAGCUUCAGCUCGCCGAGUUGGCUGAGGAUGGAGAUAAGAAUGCCGACAUCCUCGUGAGCCUUUCCAUUCAAAAGCACACUGGUUUUGGAUUCUCAGUGCAUGGAAGGAUCAUUACAUCUAUCAAGAGAAAAUGCAGCU